AUGAGUGUAGUGAAAGAGAUGAAAGCUGAACUUCGACAACUUAUGAAGAAAGUGCUUGACAAGAUUUCCGUAGAAGAAACAAAAGAGCAGAGUGAGGCCGUUUUUCGGAAAAUUAUCGAUUCGAAAUGGUUCCAAGAAAGCAAAAGACUAUCAGUUUAUGUUAGUACAACUGGAGAAAUUCAAACUGAUUUAAUUAUAAAAAAGUCAUUAGAAAUGGGGAAAGAAGUUUUCAUACCUCAGUUCACUAAAGGAUCAGUUGCAAUGGAGAUGGUACGCCUUCCAGAUCAAAAAUCAUUUGAUGAUCUGCCAUCGACUUUAUGGGGAAUUCGGCAACCAGAUCCGAAAUGGAAAUGGGAAAGCUACCAUAUGACAGAAAUUUAUUAUCAAAUGACACCAUUCUCGUUUCUAUCAUCUUUCCUUCCGUUCCCUCUCCCUCUCUAUUCCCUUCUCUUUUCCCCCAUCUGUUGCUUCUUUUCUCAAAUAUCCGUUGACCAUAUGGGUUUGAGGUGUGUGGACACGUUUCUUUUUCAUUCCAUCUUUCACUCUCGCUCUCUUCAUAGUAAUAAUACGGUUCUUUGUCCGCCCGUUUGGGUGGCGAUCGUGGUACUGAAUAAACAUAACUACACUGCUCAGUGUAUGAAAUAUGGAGACAUAGAGAUGUGCAUCGCGUGUUCAGAGAUACUGUGA